ACCAACAGCAGCCGCCCCCGUCCCGGAGAAGCGAGUCCAACCAGCUCCUUCGUCAGACGGCGAGUCGUUGACUGUCGGGGAGAAGCUGGAGCAGCUCCUGGCUCCAGAAUACAUCAACUGUCUGACCAACAAAACCAUCAACUCUUCCAGGCGUUUUUUAUUCGGCAUGAAGCUUUUAUUGAUAACCAACCUGCCGAAGUACAGCGAGAGCCGCUACACAGAACCCGACGUCGUCUGUCUCCUCUCCAAGUUCGGCUUCCAGGAUAACGACAACAACAUCUACAUCCUUCCCCAGAAGCGCAUGGCUUUUGUGCUCAUGUCCAGUUUCCGCAGUGUGAAGCGCGUGGUAAUGGCAUCGAAGAGGAAUCCCAUCUUCCUCAAGGGCUCCCGUCUCUGGCUGCGCAUCCCGACCAUCAAGUGCAUGACCUCACCGUUCAUGGUUUAUAAGUGUCUGAUGAAAUUCAUCAAAUUUGAAGUGAACAACAACGAGCAAGUCGUUUACAUCCAGAACAUCUCACAGAGCGAGUCCGAGCGUCUCCGGCGAGCUCUGAGAGGAAUCCAGUGUGUGAGGAACUUCCUGCCUCUGCUCAACAAGGUGUUCGUUGAGUUCGAGACCCCUCGCGACACCGACCGGCUCGGCGUCUGGUACAGUCUCCUGCAACGCACCCCGGACAUCAACGUCUACAGGAUGGGGGUUCCGGAGGGCGACCACACGGCUCUACCGCCACGGCUGGCCGCCGCGGCUAUGCCGGACAGCGGCGACAUCAUCGCCGGGGCCGUCGUCCCGACAACCAACUUUGGCGUUCCGCCGGACAGCAUUCCGCCGUUCUGGGUCACCAUGACGGCCGUUCCUCACGUGUUCCCGACCGCCAGUCCCUGGUUCAUCAUCCCGAAUUUCGUGACGGUCAAGGAACGGAAGAAUGUUUGGGCAAGCUACAAAGCCGCCAGGACCUCCACUGUCAUGUUGACGGGUUUGCCGAAGGGAAACUACUCCCACGAGGACGUCGCCAGGCUGGUGUGGCGCUACAUCCCCCAGAAGACUCUGUACUCGCUGUACUACAGCAUUAUCGUGCUGCCCCUGCAGAGGAGGGCGUUUGUUGACUUCCACGACUGGAAAGCCUGCCAGAGCUUCGUGGCGGAUCAGUGCGCCGCCCCCGUUUCCGUCCAGGGCUGCGUGCUCAGUGUCCACUGUGUCUUGGACGCAGUGCUCACCGGAUCCAGUGAGGAGACCAUGUACAGGGCUCUGAUGAGGUGGAGCAACGCUCGUGUCCCGGAGCUGGAGUCUCUGGAGGAGCGGCUGCUGUGCGUGGAAGUCACCGAGACGUCGGUGUCCUUCAUCAUCGUGGUGGUGACGGCCGUGGCGUCCAUCGCUGCUUUCCUCAGCUUCCUGCCGCUCGCCAACAGGAUUUGCAUUGAGAUGGCUGAUUCCAGCGGCGUAGCCGAGGUGGUGAACAACCUCUCACAGCUGAUGACACCCAGCGACCAGACAAAGGUUCGACACGUUGAGUCUCUGAAGAGCCGUAAACAGCGUCUGCAGGACCUGAAUAAGGUCGUGACGAACCUGGACCGGGACGGCGGUGCCUUCACACCCGAAGCCUCAGCCGUGACGGCUCCAGCGAAGCCUCGUCCUCCGGCUCCAGCGGAGCCUCCUCCGGCACCAGAACCCGCUCUCCAGACCACCAGCCCCGGUUCUGCCGACACACCUGCCUCACACGGGUCCACCAGUUCUGAACCCGCCGCCGGCCCGAGGCCAACCCCUGGAAGUGCCACGGAAACCAACGCCGACACCACCCCGGAUCCCAAAGACACGAGAACAGAGGAACAUCUGGAGGAACCUGAAGCAGAGAAGAGAAAUGCGGCUUCUUCGGUCUCUGCAGCUUCAGAAAACCUCACAAACGCUGCUGGAGACUCUCAGAAACUGGAAGCAGAAGUUCAGGAAUCUGUAGUGGUGCCUGAUGACACUUCUGAGGCCGUGGAGACGAAGAGAGACCUGUCAGAUCCAGAUGUGGAGCAACAAGCAGGAUGCUCCCAAGCUGAUGCUGAAGAGAAGGAGGUCAAGGAAGCUCUGGAGCUUGAGGAAACGGAAAUGACGGAGCCGAUGGAAGCUGACAGCUCUGCACUUUCUCCACCUCAGAGACCACCGACUGCUGUCACAGCUCCUCACACCUCGGGGAACACUUCAUCACAGAUCCAGAAAAUCAUGAAACCAGAAUCUCCUGCACAGGAAUCAGAGACCAAGACGAAGGCUCCACAUCUGCAACAUCAGCCUGGAGGGAGCUCUGCUGCAGCACAGAAAUUCAAGGUGGAGACAGAAACGAAGCAAAAAGAUCUCCUGGAGACCCGAGACGAUCCAGCAUCAACCGGCGUGAGCAAGGUUUCAGCUUUGCCCGCUGAAGUAACUGCUUCUGCCAAAAGUAAACCCAGCAAAACCCCUUCAGAGACCAACGGCCGCCCAGCUGAAACCCCCUCCUCCGCUGCAGAUAUCCGCCCGACUCCUGGGGAGACGCUCGACUGUGGCCUGAUAUUCCAUAAAGGCAAUUGUGUUCCCUGGAGAAUCAUGAGGUCAUCAGAAAUUUUUUCCUGGAGUCCUAAACUGUUGUAUCUGAGCGACCUGCCAAAGUACAAACAAGGCUGCUACAGCGAAGCCGACAUCGCCGGCGUGUUGCGCCAGUUUCAGGUUCAGUGCAACGAAGACAAAAUCUUCGUCUUUCCUCACGCUCGCAAGGCUCUGGUCCUCUUCCCGACGGUGAAGGACCUGCAAGACGCUUUCAAGACCUUGAUUCAGAAACACCUGACGCUGGAUGGGGGGAAACUCUGCAUCGGCGCUCUUUCUACCCAAUGUCUGGACACGCCGUUUGGAUUUUAUAAAAGCCUGAUGAGUAUGGUCCAGUUUAAAACGAGCGAUGACGGCACCAGCGUGAUCUACAUCAAGAACAUCUCCCAGAGCGAGUUCCUGGACCUCCGGAAAGCUCUGUCCAGAAUCGGUGCUGUGAGGAACUUCCUGCCUCUCCUCAACAAGGUUUUUAUUGAGUUCGAGUCUGCUCGCCACGCCGACCGGCUCGGCCUCUGGUACAGCUUCCUGAGUCGGCGUCUCGCCCACGACGUCCACCGGGCCCAGAUACCGCGCAACAAACCAACGCUACUGCCUCUACUGGCAGCAAAAGCUUUGCCAGACAGUGAACUCUCUGUCUCCGGGGCCGUCGUCCCGCGAGCCAAAUCUGGCAUCCCCCCCGGCACCACCCCGCCAUUCUGGGUCACCAUGACGACCAGCCCCUACAUGUUCCCUACCGCGUCUCCUUGGUUCAACAUCCCGGUUUUUCAGACCGUCUCCAAGUCGAGCAUCGCGGACAUCCAGCGAUCUCCCCCCCCAGAGACGGCGUUCUCCACCGCCAUGCUGACGGGUCUUCCUGCCGAGGGCUACCUGGACGAGGACGUGGCCAAGCUGGUGUGGGAUUACUUCCCCGAUCGUCCCUCUGCGCUUCACAGCAUGACGGUGCUGCCCCUGCAGAGGAGGGCCUUCGUGUUCUUCCACAACUGGGAUGCCUGCUGCAGAUUCUUCCUGCAUCACAGCAGAAGACCAGUUUCAGUGAAAGGCAACACUCUCAACGUCCACUUGGUGUUGGAGGAAAUGCAGCCCGGAUCCUGCGAGGAGUCGUACUACAGAAGCGUGAUGAGGUGGAGCAACGCUCCGGUGGCGGAGCGGCCGUCGCUGGAGGAGCGGCUGCUGUGCCUGGAGGCGUCGGGGGUGACCGUGGGCCUCGCUACCGCCGUCAUGAGGGAGGUGGCGAGCGUCGCCGCCUUCGUCAGCUUCCUGCCGCUCGGCAACAAGAUCUACGUGGAGAUGUUCGACUCCGGAGCCGCGGCCAAGGUGGAGGAGCGGCUCUCCUCGUCAACCAGGAAGAGCGUCGGCCGUGUCGAGUCAUUAAAGAGUCGAAAACAGCGUCUGCACUGCUGGAAAAAUCCCACAGAUGCCACAGACGUCCACGAGGAGCUCCAGGCUCCGGGAGGUGGAGCCACGCCUCCUCCCGAGGAAGGGAGGGGGCCGGCCCCGACAACCGGGACCCCCGACUCUGCUGGACCGGAGGCGUCAGCCGGAUCGGACGUCCGGGACUCCGACGUCCGGGACUCCGACGUCCGGGACUCCGACGUCCGGGACUCCGACGUCCGGGACUCCGACGUCCGGGACUCCGACGUCCGGGACUCCGACGUCCGGGACUCCGACGUCCGGGACUCCGACGUCCGGGACUCCGUCACAGAAGCACCGAGUCCCUGCGAGGCGGAGAUGACGGAGAAACCUGGAGCUGAGAUCAAUAUGGACUCUGUCACCACUCCUCAAACCACAGAGGAGAGGACGGAGAGGACUGAGGGGCUUCGGGCCUCAGGGGAGAAGAUGGAGGGGUCCGAAGAGAGGACGGAGGGGCCUCUGAUCACUGAUGAGAGGACGGAAGGGCCUCAAACCUCCGAGGAGAGGACUAAUGGGCCUCGGAUAACCGAGGAGAGGACUGACGGGUCCGAAAAGAAGACUGAGGGGCCUUUGAUAACCGAGGACAAGCUGGAGGAGCCUCGGGCCACAGAAGAGACCGCUGCAGAACUUCCCCUCAUGGACGAGGAGAGUUUCAGCGUCCUCAAAGCCGCUCUGCUGGAGUACAGACUGACCCGAGGAAGGACGGAGGAGGACGGAGAGGAGACUCCACCUGACAAACAUCCAGAACUGGACCUGGAAACCAUCAACGUUCAGGACGAUGGCAAAGACGAUGCUUCGGCCGUUAUUGACUGGGUCGAUGAAGUUGUUGCGGAUGAAGAUGCCGACGAAAGCUCGUCUUCAUUCGGGAGGAACAGAGGAGAAAAAAGAGAAAAGCAAACCCCUGGUGUGUCAUCUGGAGCUGAGAAGACCUCAACACCUGGAUCAUCCUUGAAGGAUGAGACACUCAAAGAGAUGAAGAAAAGCAAACAUGGAAGCGGAUGCAGAGAGACGAAAGGUGACUCACCUGAAGAUCGGACUGAUGAACAGAUGGAAAAAGAAAAGAACCAAGGACCAGAGGACCAGACACCCGGAGGUUCUGCUGUCAAACCAGAUCAGAGCACCAAAACGUUUCACGUUGAAGAGAGAGAGAAUUCACCAGACCAUGAAAUGCCAGCAACUCCCGGCGCCGCUGGUGAAGGUAAAGAGACCGGGGAGCCGCUCCAUGACGUUGAGGAUGAAACAUGUUCUGCUGGACGGCCGGUCAGGCGGAGGUCGGCCAGAGGGCUCGGGGGGAACGGCAAGAUCCUGCAGGAUUCGGUGGUGAUCAUGACCAGAGCCGCCAGAGCGACGAGAGAGAGAACUGAUAGAAACGCCUCGGAUGAGAGAAAGGAGAAGAAAACCCCGCCGGGGAGGAGGAGGCCGGCUGGACGGGGUUCAGGGGAGCUGAACGGAGACCAGGACGGAGACCAGGACCGGCCCACGCCGGCCCGGACCAGGGCCGCCGUCGCCAGAGACGCCGGCGAGGAGACGACCCCCGCGAGGAGGGGCCGGCCCCCGAAGAGGCUCCGCCCGACUCCCGGGAAAAAACCUACCAAAGGGAAGAAAGAGAGCCCCGAUAGCCGGGAGGGAUGUGCAGAGGAAGAGGAGGCGGAGGGAGCACGCAGCCAUGGUUCUGACGUCCAGGAGACGGAGCUCGGGGAACCGGAGGUGAAGCGAUCCCAUCAGUCUCCGGCCGCCGCCACUGAUCUGAAUCUGCCUCCUUUCAAUCCCAGAACACCCCUGGGUCGUGAGUUCCUGGUUCCCAGAUGGGGGUUCUUCUGUAAGAUCUGCUCGGUUCCCUACCUGAAGGACGACGCGGCGGAGGACCGGCACUGCCGCAGCCAGGAGCACCAGGACAACCUGCAGAAAUAUUAUCAGAAAUCUUCACGAACGGCAACACAGAACUCUCCAGGUUCUGCUUGUGACUGACGGACCGGACCGUUGCAUCCCCAGCGCCGUGACGGAGCGUCCUGCCGCCCCCGAGCAGCCGUCCCUCACCUCAGUGCUUCCAUUCCUCCGACAGCCGUCUGUACUUUUACACUCCAUUUGCUGCUAUCUCUUUUUUUGUGGGGGGAGGGGGGGUCUUUACCUAACUAUCAAAGUUGUACAAUCAUGUGAAAGUUAUGUUAUGAGAUGUUUUUCUUUGAAAAUGUUAUCAAAAUCGAGUCGUCUGGAGUUCCCUCUGACCUUUACGUUGGCCAGUGACUUUCCGUCUUUUAUUAAAGGAACGUCACAUGAAUUGUUUUUGUGUUUCUUGUCUGUACAACCUUUAAAUGCAAAGUAU